AUGGAGCUGCCGGUAAAGUCACCGGUGGUGGCUGGAAAUGGCCGGAAAACUUCAUACAAGAUAGAAACCAAGAAUCUUGCAUACAAAAGUUCCAAUCUUUAUGACGAAUCCAAGUGGGGUUCUCUUCAAAACUACUUCAAGAAACCUCCGAAGUUUAUCUUGAAUGAUGUGACAUGUGAAGCUCAUCCAGGCGUCCUCACCGCCAUCGCCGGACCCAGUGGUGCCGGAAAGACAACUCUGUUAGAUAUUCUCGCCGGAAAUAUCCCCUCCGGCCAGGUUUCCGGCCAAAUUUUGAUCAAUAACCUUCCUAUUGAUACAAAACGGUUCCGAAGACUGGCUGGAUAUGUCACUCAAGACGAUGCUUUAUUCCCAUCUUUAACAGUUGAAGAAACGCUCAUGUAUAGUGCUUUUUUAAGGCUAAGGUGUGGUAGAAAAGAAGCGGUUGAUCGAGUCAAGAUUUUGAUAAACGAACUCGGUUUGGAUCGUGUAUCGAGUUCAAGAAUCGGUGAGGGGUCGAACCAUGGGAUCUCGGGUGGUGAAAGGAGGCGUGUUUCAAUCGGGGUUGAGUUAGUUCAUGAUCCUUCGGUUAUUCUUAUCGAUGAACCAACUUCAGGUCUCGAUUCUAAUUCAGCUUUUGGUGUUGUUUCUCUUCUUAAAUCAAUGGCGAUUAGUAGAGAUAAAACAAUCGUGUUAACGAUCCACCAACCCGGAUUCAGAAUCUUGGAGCUUCUUGAUCGACUCAUUUUGCUCUCGAAUGGAUUCGUUCUUCAUAACGGAUCGUUAAAGUCGCUAGAACAUAGACUCAAAGUCUCCGGUCAUUUCAUCCCACCUCGUGUCAAUGUUCUUGAAUUCGCCAUUGAUGUCGCCACCACCUUGAUCAUCGACACACCAAAAACACCGAUAGAACGAGUCAAGAUCCGUGAAAAAACUGAAAAAGAUGGCGAAUUUCCAUACCCGAAUUCUCAUUUAGAAGAAAUAACGAUUCUUAGUGAAAGAUUCUUCAAGAACAUAUUCAGAACCAAACAGUUAUUCCUUACAAGAAUCAUCCAAGCUGUUCUUUCUGGCUUGAUCCUCGGAACCAUCUUCGUAAAUAUGUCAACGAAUAAAGGGAAACUCGCGUUACAAGCUCGAUUAGGGUUCUUCGCAUUCAGUCUUACAUUCCUCCUUUCUUCAUCGACAGAAGGAUUACCGAUUUUCUUACAAGAACGACGAAUCUUGAUGAGGGAAACAUCAAGAGGAGCAUAUAGAGUUUCAUCGUAUGUAAUCUCAAACACUCUCAUCUUCCUUCCGUUUCUUCUAAUGAUCGGUAUUCUUUACACAAUCCCAGUCUACUGGCUAGUCGGAUUACGCACUGAAAUCAACAGUUUCUUCUACUUUGCAUUGAUCGUAUGGAUGGUGAUCUUGAUGUCGAAUUCGUUCACAGCUUGUUUCAGUGCACUGGUGCCGAAUUUCAUCAUGGGUACGUCUGUGAUUUCUGGAUUGAUGGGAUGUUUCUUUCUGUUUUCUGGGUACUUCAUAGCGAAAGAUAGCAUCCCAAAAUACUGGAUUUUUAUGCAUUAUAUGAGUUUAUUCAAGUACCCAUUUGAAUGUUUUAUGAUAAACGAGUAUGGAGGUGAAGAAGGGAUGAGUAUGUGUGUGGAAAUGGAUGGGGGGAAGUGUAGAAUGUAUGGAAAUGGAUUCUUGGAGCAGCAGCACAUAAAGGAGACGCAAAAAUGGAGUAAUUUGGGAGUGAUGUUAGGGUUUAUAAUUGGAUAUAGAUUGAUGUGUUUUGUAAUUUUGUGGUUUAGAUGUCACAAAACAAGGAAUUGA